AUGGUGGGGAGGAAAGGAAAGAAACUACAACAGCCUGGAGGUAAAAUAAUCUCGCUGAAAACAGCUCAGAGCUGCGUGGAAUUCAAACUGGACGGCAAACCUCGUCUGGACCUGAGUUUUAAGGGAAUCUCUGCGGUGCCAAAGUGCAUCCGGAAGCUGUGCGACGUGGACGAGGUGGACCUGAGCAGAAACCUGAUCAGGAAGAUUCCUGAUUUCAUCGGACAGUUUGUCAGCAUUAGUGUUUUGGAUCUGCACAGCAACUAUGUGGAGCAGCUCCCUGUGAUCAUCGGCCGCCUCCAGAACCUGCAGGUCCUGAACCUGUGCAACAACCGUCUGACUGACCUUCCCAGUGAGCUGGGGCUGCUGAAGAAGCUCCACACUCUGAACCUGGGUCUGAACCUUCUCGAGGCUCUUCCCUCCUCCAUCGCUGCGUUGAAGGAGCUACAACACAUCGGCCUCUCCGACAACCGCUUCGCCCGCGUCCCUGCGUGUUUAUCCAGACUGCCCAAAUUGGAGAAGGUGAACCUGGACAGGAACCCGGUGGUCACCGGGCAGACGCAGCAGCCAAUAAUGGUCACAGAGAGACUGUAUCUGGUCAAAGAGAGCUUCCUGUGUGAGGACUGUCUUAGGAAGUGCCAAAGUGAGAGCAGGAACAUGGAAGAACAGGAUGGAAGCCAAGAAUCUGCAGAAGAGGAGACAUAA